AUGGCGUCCACAACCACCGCCAUAUCCACUAUUGCGGCCAAACGCCCCGACGAAGCAUACUUUACACCCCCGGACAAUAUUGUUCUAGAAGCCUUGUAUCGAGAUAUCAAUAAUUCUGAGCUCAAUGGCUCACCAAGUCCUGGGCCGGAUGGAUCCGAAUUGGAGCUCCUGUCGAGCCUCAACGACCCCAAACACGCAAACUUCCAGCCUACCAUCUUUUCUAGCUGGGACUACGACCUCCACGAUUUCAAGACUCCUCGGAAUUGGCGUGAACGUAUUCUGCAGCAGUACGUGAAGUGGGCGAGGACGGUAGUACGGCACGAAACAGACGUCGUUUUCGUCUCACACCUGCUUCUAUACUUCUCCACCGCCCUGCCAAGUGCGAUAUAUCUCUUCUACGAUUUCAAUCUAUGGCAUGGGAUCGCCCACGUUGUUUACAUCGUAUGGUGCUCUGGCGCUUUUACCCUCAUGAUGCACAAUCACAUCCAUAAUCGCGGCGUGCUCUCAAAAUCCUACGGCCUCUUUGACUGGACCUUCCCGUACAUCUUGGAGCCGCUCAUGGGCCACACCUGGGAUUCGUACUAUUAUCACCAUGUUAAGGCUCACCAUGUCGAGGGCAAUGGGCCCGAUGAUCUCUCGAGUACUAUCCGCUACCAGCGGGACUCGGUUCUUCAUUUCCUGCACUACGAAUUGAGAUUCCUGCUUCUCUGCUGGUUCGACCUCCCUUGCUACUUUGUCCGCAAAGGCAAAUACAACUUGGCGUGCCGUAUGCUACUUACCGAGGGGUCUGCAUACGCGAUGAUGUACUUGCUGGCGCGAUGGAAAUUCAAACCAACGUUAUAUGUCAUCCUAUUGCCAUUUGUCGUUCUCCGGGUGGGUCUGAUGAUUGGGAACUGGGGCCAACAUUGUCUCGUCGAUGAUGUAUCACCAGAUUCGGAUUUCCGCUCUAGUAUAACACUCAUCGAUGUCCCAUCAAACCGCUUCUGCUUCAACGAUGGUUAUCAUACAUCUCACCACCUUAACCCACUUCGUCACUGGAGAGACCACCCACACGCGUUCCUCGCAGCCAAGGAGCGCUAUUCCAAUGAAGGUGCGCUAGUAUUCCAGAACAUCGACUACCUGGAAAUCACAUAUCGGGUGUUAACCAAGAACUACAUGUAUCUGGCAUCCAAGCUCGUACCAAUGGGUUCGCAAAUUGGCAUGAGCCAGCAGGAAUUAGCCGAUAUGCUGAGGACAAAAACGAGGAAGUUAACGGAGGAGGAAAUUGCUGUUAAGUUUUCAAAACAUGCAGCAAUGAAAAACCGAUAG